AUCGCUAUACGCUACCCCCAGACUGCAAAACUUAACGAGGAAGAACCCAAAGUUGAACUCUUUUUCUCCCGUUUGUUCUCCAUUCUUGAGCUUCUGGAUCUUUUCCUCGCCGUUGCUUCCGCUUCUUUUGUUGCUGAAUCCAGGUUUCGGUUACAAAUAGCGAAAUGGGAGCAUUCGUAUCGAGAUUCUGGUUCAUGCUGUUCCCAGCGAAAGAGUAUAAAAUAGUGGUUGUCGGCUUGGAUAAUGCCGGUAAAACGACAACCCUUUAUAAGCUUCACUUGGGUGAAGUUGUCACUACGCAUCCAACCGUUGGGAGCAAUGUCGAGGAGCUUGUCUACAAGAAUAUUCGGUUCGAGGUUUGGGAUCUGGGUGGACAAGACAGGCUCAGAACAUCAUGGGCAACAUACUACCGAGGAACACAUGCUGUGAUUGUGGUGAUUGAUAGCACGGACAGAGGCAGGAUUUCCAUCAUGAAGGACGAGCUCUUCAGGUUACUCGGGCACGAUGAUCUUCAGAGCUCGGUCAUACUCGUGUUUGCAAACAAGCAGGAUUUGAAAGAGGCGAUGACACCGGCCGAGAUUACAGAUGCCCUUAACCUCCACAGCAUCAAGAACCAUGACUGGCACAUCCAAGCAAGCUGUGCUGUCACUGGAGAAGGAUUGUAUGAUGGGCUCGGUUGGAUCGCUCAGAAAGUUACCGGUAAAGCUCCCGGUUAGAGACAAGUUGAGAAACUUGAUCAGAGAUACCAAGGUUGUCUUUUUUUAUGUCUUUCAACAGUCCAUUUCCUCUUUUUCUGUAUUAGUUCCAACCUUUUUGGUUGUUCGGAAUGAAUUGAAUGGUUUUCAUUUCUUACAAUACCCAAUCCGGGAAGAAAAUAGAUAAGGGAAGACCAUAUUUUAUCU